GACAAAACAUUAAUAAUACCAUCAAUAAUACCAAUAAUAAUAUAAUCAGUCACACCAAUGCAUUAUCGAACAAUUUAUACAUUUAUACAGUCAGUUAAGAGAAUAAAUUAUUAUAAUGUAAAACCUUAUAACACUGUCCUACAAUACUGCAGGCAUUAAAACAGACCUAAUAUGAAUAUCCUCAAUAUCCUUCAUUCAGAUGAGCUUGCUGUGAUUUGCCAACUUAAACUCAAAUCUAAUCUAAAGAAGAAUUUUCAAUGUGUAUUUGAGGGGAUCGCUAAACAAGGAAACCCAACACUUCUCAAUAACAUCUACACGGAGCUCUACAUCACAGAGGGUGGAACAGGAGAGGUCAAUAAUGAACAUGAGCUGAGACAGAUUGAGACAACAACCAGGAAACAAGCAAGACCAGAGACUGCAAUCAAAUGUAACGACAUCUUCAAACCCUUAACUGGACAAGACAAACUUAUCAGAACUGUGCUGACAAAGGGAGUCGCUGGCAUUGGAAAAACAGUCUCUGUGCAGAAGUUCAUUCUGGACUGGGCUGAAGGAAAAGCAAAUCAGGAUGUCCAAUUUGUAUUUUCAUUCCCUUUUCGGGAGCUGAAUUUGAUGAAAGGGGAAAAACACACUUUGAUUGAACUUCUCAAUCACUUCUCAAUGGAAACCAAAGAAUCAAGAAUCUCCAACUACGACAAGUACAAAGUUCUGUUCAUCUUUGAUGGUCUGGAUGAGUGCCGACUGCCCCUAGACUUCCAGAAGAACAAGAUAUGUUGUGACGUCACAAAGUCAACCUCAGUGGAUGUUCUGCUGACAAAUCUCAUCAAGGGAAAUCUGCUUCCCUCUGCUCUCUUCUGGAUAACUACCCGACCUGCAGCAGCCAAUAAGAUCCCUUCAGUGUGUGUUGACCAGGUGACAGAGGUACGAGGGUUCAAUGACCCACAGAAGGAAGAGUAUUUCAGGAAGAGAUUCAGUGAUGAGGACAUGGCCAGCAGAAUCAUCUCACAUAUAAAGACAUCAAGGAGCCUCCACAUCAUGUGCCACAUUCCAGUCUUCUGUUUGAUUUCUGCAAUAGUCCUAGAACACAUGCUGAAACAUAAGAGAGAAGAGAUGCCCAAGACUCUGACUGAGAUGUACACACACCUUGUGGAGUUUCAUACCAAACAGAAGAAUGAAAAGUAUCUUGGGAAAGAAGAGACAGGUCCACACUGGAAUAAAGAGAGCAUUCUGUCACUGGGAAAACUGGCUUUUCAACAGCUUGUGAAAGGCAAUCUGAUUUUCUAUGAAGAAGACCUGAAAGAGGCUGGCAUUGAUGUCAAUGAAGCCUCAUUGUACUCAGGAUUGUGCACACAGCUCUUUAAAGAGGAAUGUGGGCUGUACCAGGACAAGGUGUACUGCUUCGUGCAUCUGAGCAUUCAGGAGUUUCUGGCUGCUGUAUAUGUGUUCCUUUCAUUCAUCAACAACAAUGAGAAUCUAGUUGCCAAUCCUCAAUCAAUGUCCAGAAACUUUUAUGCGCUGUUCAGAGGCAAGCCUGAAGUUACUUUCUACAAGAGAGCUGUGGAUAAAGCCUUACAAAGUGAGACAGGAAACUUGGACCUUUUCCUCCGCUUCCUUCUGGGCCUCUCACUGGAGUCCAAUCAGAAGCACUUACGAGGUCUACUGACAAAGACAGGCAGCUCACAGAGCCAUGAAGAAACAGUCAAGUACAUCAAGAAGAAAAUCAGGGAGAAUCCCUCUCCAGAGAGGUGUAUCAAUCUGUUCCACUGUCUGAAUGAACUGAAUGACCAUUCUCUAGUGGAGGAGAUCCAAAGCUACCUGAGCUCAGGAAGUCUCUCAGAAGCCAAACUGUCACCUGCGCAGUGGUCAGCUCUGGUCUUUGUGUUGCUGACUUCAGAAAAUGAGCUGGAUGUGUUUGACCUGAAGAAAUACUCCAGAUCAGAGGAAGGUCGUCUGAGGCUGCUGCCAGUGGUCAAAUCCUCUAGAGCUGCUCUGCUGUCAGGCUGUCUAGUCACAGAGGAAGGCUGUGCUUCUCUGGUCUCAGCUCUGAGGUCAAACCCCUCACACCUGAGAGAGCUGGAUCUGAGUAACAAUGACCUGAAGGAUUCAGGAGUGAAGCUGCUCUCUGAUGGACUGGGGAAUCCUCACUGUAAACUGGAGACUCUGAGGCUGUCAUGGUGUCUAGUCAAAGAGGAAGGCUGUGCUUCUCUGGUCUCAGCUCUGAGGUCAAACCCAUCACACCUGAGAGAGCUGGACCUGAGCUACAAUCACCCAGGAGACUCAGGAGUCAGACUGCUCUCUGCUGGACUGGAUGAUCCACACUGCAGACUGGAGAAACUCAAUGUGGAACAUGGUGGAGAGUACACAAUGAAACCUGGACUUAGAAAAUAUGCCUGUGAUCUCACACUGGACCCAAACACAGCAAACAGACACCUCUCUCUGUCUCAGGAGAAGAGAAAGGUGACACGUAGGACAGAGGAGCAGCCAUAUCCUGAUCAACCAGAGAGAUUUAAAGUCUGGGAGCAGGUGCUGUGUAGAGAGGGUCUGACUGGGCGCUGUUACUGGGAGGUAGAGUGGAAUGGAGAGGCUGUUGUAGGAGUGACAUAUAAUGGAAUCAGGAGGAGAGGAAAGGGUAAGGACUGUGGGCUUGGAUACAAUGACAAGUCCUGGAGUCUGUUCUGCUCUGACAAAAGUUACUAUGCCAGGCACAAUAAAAAUGUCACUACCAUAGACGUCUCCUCCUCCAGCUCCCACAGAGUAGGAGUGUAUCUGGACUGGCCAGCCGGCACUCUGUCCUUCUACAGAGUCUCCUCUGACACACUGACCCACCUGUACACAUUCCACACCACAUUCACUGAGCCCCUCUAUCCAGGGUUUAGGUUUUGGUAUGAUGACCCCUCAGUGUCCCUGUGUCAGGUGGUCCCUGUGUCAAACACAACAUGAUGUUUCACUCUAAUCAUGUGUUUUAUGUUUGAUCAGAAUAUGAUAUUUAAAUACAUGGAGUAACACACAGACA